AGCUCUUUCACCUCGCCAGCAUGUCUGUGUAUCAGCACGGCGCAUCCACAGUGCCUGCCUGUAUCCUGUACCUCCGUGGACUUACUAACAAGGGCAGGCGUGACAUCAACACUCAAACAGCAGCAUGAACCCAGCGAGAGGACUUGGAUGUUGCUGACAGAAAUGUGCACAUAGCGUGGACUUGAAAAGACAGUCCCAUGGGCCAUAGUGGAGGGUCAACAACAGAGUGGAGAUGUUCAAAGAGAGGCCUCCUCCAGAGGAGGAGAGGAGGGUCCGGGCCAAUGACAGAGAAUACAACGAGAAGUUUCAGUAUGCGAGUAACUGUAUUGUGACGUCUAAGUACAACGUCAUCACCUUUCUGCCCGUCAACCUGUUUGAACAGUUCCAGGAAGUGGCCAACACCUACUUCCUCUUUCUGCUCAUACUGCAGUUGAUUCCUCAGAUCUCGUCUCUCUCCUGGUUCACCACCAUAGUGCCUUUAGUCCUGGUGCUCAGCAUCACUGCAGUAAAGGAUGCCACCGACGACUACUUCCGUCACAAGAGUGACAACCAGGUGAACAACCGGCAGUCUCAGGUCGUCAUCCACGGCUCUCUUCAGAAGGAGAAGUGGAUGAAUGUAAGAGUGGGUGAUAUCAUUAAACUGGAGAAUAACCAGUUUGUGGCAGCUGACCUUCUCUUACUGUCCAGUAGUGAACCUCAUAGCCUCUGUUACAUUGAGACCGCAGAGCUAGAUGGGGAGACCAAUAUGAAGGUGCGUCAGUCUCUGUCUGUGACUGCAGAGCUUGGAGACCCCAACAGCCUGGCCUCUUUUGAUGGAGAGGUGGUCUGUGAGCCUCCCAACAACAAGCUGGACAGGUUCUGUGGUCUUCUGUGCUGGAGAGAUUGUAAAUACCCCCUUAGCAACCACAACAUGUUACUACGAGGCUGUGUUCUCCGCAACACAGAGACCUGCUACGGACUGGUCAUCUUUGCAGGCCCAGACACCAAGCUGAUGCAGAAUAGUGGUCGCACCAAAUUCAAACGCACAAGCAUCGACCGCCUCAUGAACACACUGGUGCUCUGGAUCUUUGGCUUCAUGGUGUGUAUGGGUGUGAUCCUGGCUGUGGGGAACGCUGUGUGGGAGAGAGAGGUGGGUUCUCUGUUCCAGAGUUACCUGGCCUGGGACCUGCCUGUAGACAACUUCCUGUUCUCUGCUUUCCUCUCCUUCUGGUCCUACGUCAUCAUUCUCAACACCGUGGUGCCCAUCUCACUCUACGUCAGUGUGGAGGUGAUUAGGCUGGGUCAUAGUUACUUUAUAAACUGGGACAGGAAGAUGUUCUGUCCACAGUGUAACACAGCAGCUGAAGCCAGGACCACCACUCUCAACGAGGAACUGGGACAGGUGGAGUACAUCUUCAGUGACAAGACAGGAACUCUCACUCAGAACAUCAUGAGCUUCAGCAAGUGCUCUAUCAAUGGACAUGCCUAUGGUGAGGUGAUCGACCCGUUGGGAGCACAGCCAAAGAGGCUAGACUUCUCCUCCUUCAACCCCCUGGCGGACCCUGACUUCUGUUACUAUGACAACGGUCUGCUGAAGUCGGUGAAGCUGGGAGACCUUCACAGCCACGAGUUCUUCCGGCUGCUUUCCCUCUGUCACACCGUCAUGAGUGAGGAGAAGAAUGAGGGAGAGUUGAUGUAUAAGGCCCAGUCUCCAGAUGAGGGUGCGUUGGUGACAGCAGCCAGGAACUUUGGUUUUGUGUUCCGGUCUAGAACCCCUGGUACUGUCACUGUGACAGAGCUGGGCCGACCCGUCACAUACACACUGCUGGCCAUCCUCGACUUCAACAACAUCCGCAAGAGGAUGUCCGUUAUAGUGCGUAACCCUGAGGGGAGGAUCCGUCUGUACUGUAAAGGAGCUGAUACUCUGUUGUUUGAGAGGCUCCACUCCUCCAACAAUCACCUGGUGAACAUCACAACAGAUCACCUUAAUGAGUAUGCUGGGGACGGUCUGCGGACCCUGGCCCUGGCCUACAGAGACCUGUCAGAGGAGCAGUGGGAGGAGUGGUCAGAGAGACACCGCCAAGCAGACAGAGCUACAGACUGUAGAGAGGACAGACUGGCUGACAUAUAUGAACACAUAGAACAGGACAUGAUGCUCCUGGGAGCCACAGCCAUAGAGGAUAAGCUACAGGAGGGAGUUCCUGAGACCAUCGCUAUUCUCUCUCUUGCUAACAUCAAGAUCUGGGUCCUCACGGGAGACAAACAGGAGACAGCAGUUAAUAUAGGUUACUCCUGUAAGAUGCUGACUGGUGAUAUGACUGAGGUGUUCAUCAUCAGUGGAAACACAGUGCUGAGUGUUAGAGAGGAACUCAGGAGAGCGAGGGAGAGGAUGAUAGAGUUUGCCCGUACGAGAGAGGGAGAAAAGGAGGAGGGGAUGGAAGGAUGGGGCGAGGCCUGUUCUCUGGGGAAUGGGUUUGGGGGAGACGGGGGAGGAGAUGGGAGAGAGUGGCCCUCCGUGGGGGACAAACAGCAGCAGUGUCCCCCUCCCCCUGGCCCUCCCGCCCCUCGACCCCCCUCCUCAACCACGCUAGACUCCAUAUCUGGAGAGUUCGCUCUCGUCAUCAACGGACAUAGCCUGGCCCAUGCGUUGGAGGCUGAUAUGGAGGGGGAGUUUGUGUCUACAGCGUGUGUCUGUAGAGCAGUGAUCUGCUGCAGGGUGACUCCUCUACAGAAAGCCCUGGUGGUGGAGCUCAUCAAGAAACACAAGAAAGCUGUCACCCUGGCCAUAGGAGACGGGGCUAAUGAUGUUAGCAUGAUCAAGACGGCUCAUAUAGGAGUGGGCAUCAGUGGCCAGGAAGGCAUCCAGGCAGUGCUGGCGUCUGACUACUCCUUCUCCCAGUUCCGCUUCCUCCAGCGCCUGCUGCUGGUCCACGGACGCUGGUCCUACCUCCGCAUGUGUCGCUUCCUCUGCUACUUCUUCUACAAGAACUUUGCCUUCACCAUGGUGCACUUCUGGUUUGGCUUCUUCUGUGGCUUCUCUGCCCAGACAGUAUAUGAUCAGUACUUCAUCACUCUCUAUAACAUCGUCUACACCUCUCUUCCCGUGCUGGCCAUGGGAAUAUUUGACCAGGACGUCCCAGAGCAGCGUAGUCUGGAGUAUCCUAAGCUGUAUGAGCCAGGUCAGCUUAACCUGCUGUUCAACAAGAGAGAGUUCUUCAUCUGUAUAACCCAGGGUAUCUACACUAGUGUUGUGUUGUUCUUCGUACCCUAUGCCAUCCUGUCCCACGGAACCCAGGGCACCGGGGAACCCCUCGCUGACUACCAGACCUUUGCUGUUACCACGGCCACCGCCCUGGUGAUCGUGGUCAGUGUGCAGAUUGCUCUGGACACAGGCUACUGGACGGCCAUCAACCAUUUCUUUGUGUGGGGCUCUGUGGGCUCCUUCUUCACCAUCAUGUUGGCUAUGCACAGCCAGACUCUAUUCAGCAUCUUUCCCAACCAGUUCCACUUCGUAGGCAGUGCCCAGAGCACACUGGUCCAGCCGCUGGUGUGGCUGACCAUCGUCUUGGCCACAGUGAUCUGCAUCGUUCCAGUUCUGGCUUUCCGAUUCCUCAAACUGGACCUGAAACCACAGCUCUCUGAUAUGGUGCGUUACACCCAGCUGGUGCGUCAGAAGACGAGGAAGCCAGCGGGUCGAUGCAUGGGAGGAGUCAGGGGCGGGGGCGUGCCUGAGGGUCGUCUGGGGGCGAGGGGCGGGUUCAGGAGGUCAGGAUAUGCCUUUGCCCACCAGGAGGGCUUUGGGGAGCUCAUCACCUCUGGGAAGAACAUGAGACUGUCCUCCCUGGCCCUGGCCAACUUUGCCUCCAGACACAGCUCCAGCUGGAUAGACACCCUGCGCAAAAAGAAACACUCAAAUACACAUCCCCCGCAGAACACCUCAGGAGAGAGCAGCCCGGCACCUAGCUAUGUGUCGGGAUCGGCUCCCCCCCUGUCUAAUUCAUCCUCUCUCCUGGGGGGGUCACAGGAUACUCCCCUGGAGGAGGGAACACACACGCUGCCUGUCAUACUCCCACAGGUGGCUUCUGGCCCUCCCACAAACACACCUCCAGCGUUAGCUCCAGCCCAGGUCCCCUCUGCUGACGCUCUCACUCCCACCUCUGUGAGGAGUCCUGGGGGAGACUCGGUUGGUGGCUGGAACCUUAGUCUGGGCGCUGUACAGGAUGCUCUAUUUGGUUGGAGGGGCGGCGCCUCUCGCACCAGCGGAACCAGCAGCCCGGGACCUCCCCCUGUUCCCAAGGAAACCAACCACACCGUAUGAGACGGACAGACAGAUGGACAGAUGAUAGAAAGAAGAAGGACAGGCUGUCAUAUCCCACUGGAUUCUCUUGGAAUACGUGAAGAAAUACUGCAUUUGGAAGUUUGGAAUACUGAAGGUGGUAUGUUUGGAAUGGCACUCACCCUGGGUUAGGAAGAGAUCCAAAGUGGCAGCCAUUGUAGGCGGAAGGCAUGCACACCCAUCAACACCCACUGGCAUUUGUAUGACACUGUCGUUGCAAUAGUGUUGGUACAUGUAUGUUUCCGUCUGAAAGACUACUGUGAUUAUUAUUAUUUGACCAUGCUGGUCAUUUAUGAACAUUUGAACAUCUUGGCCAUGUUCUGUUAUAAUCUCCACCCGGCACAGCCAGAAGAGGACUGGCCACCCCUCAUAGCCUGGUUCCUCUCUACGUUUCUUCCUAGGUUUUGGCCUUUCUAGGGAGUUUUUCCUAGCCACUGUGCUUCUACACCUGCAUUGCUUGCUGUUUGGAGUUUUAGGCUGGGUUUCUGUACAGCACUUUGAGAUAUCAGCUGAUGUAAGAAGGGCUAUAUAAAUACAUUUUUAUUUCAAAUCAAUUUUAUUUGAAAGACAGUGUGUGGUAGUUGUAAUAGACAUGCUCAGACUACCCACAACCCACUUCUCUGUCUUCUUCAACCAAUGAGGCAGGCUGAAAGAAGCACUUCUUCAUGCAAAGGAUGAAACCAUCUGCUGAAGAGCUUGGUACCACAGGGUUCCGGACAGAAACCCCGCUCCAACAGCACCGCUGUGGUUCAGACAUGACUAUACUAUUUAUACAAUGGAUCAUAUGUCAUAACAUCAUAUCAGAUUGGUUCAAAACAAAGUAUUGAAUUGAGUCUUUAUGACAGAAGAGAGGUUCAUUUGAUCAUCAGAAAGGUGGUGAAUUGAGUCUUUAUGACAGAAGAGAGGUUAAUUUGAUGGUCAGAAAGGUGGUGAAUUGAGUCUUUAUGACAGAAGAGAGGUUCAUUUGAUCAUCAGAAAGGUGGUGAAUUGAAUCUUUAUGACAGAAGAGAGGUUCAUUUGAUGGUCAGAAAGGUGGUGAAUUGAGUCUUUAUGACAGAAGAGAGGUUCAUUUGAUCAUCAGAAAGGUGGUGAAUUGAGUCUUUAUGACAGAAGAGAGGUUCAUUUGAUCAUCAGAAAGAUGGUGAAUUGAGUCUUUAUGACAGAAGAGAGGUUCAUUUGAUCAUCAGAAAGGUGGUGAAUUGAGUCUUUAUGACAGAAGAGAGGUUCAUUUGAUCAUCAGAAAGAUGGUGAAUUGAGUCUUUAUGACAGAAGAGAGGUUCAUUUGAUCAUCAGAAAGGUGGUGAAUUGAGUCUUUAUGACAGAAGAUAGGUUCAUUUGAUCAUCAGAAAGGUGGUGAAUUGAGUCUUUAUGACAGAAGAGAGGUUCAUUUGAUGGUCAGAAAGGUGGUGAAUUGAGUCUUUAUGACAGAAGAGAGGUUCAUUUGAUCAUCAGAAAGGUGGUGAAUUGAGUCUUUAUGACAGAAGAGAGGUUCAUUUGAUGGUCAGAAAGGUGGUGAAUUGAGUCUUUAUGACAGAAGAGAGGUUCAUUUGAUCAUCAGAAAGGUGGUGAGUUGAGAUGAAAUAGCAGAAUGCGUGUUUUUAUGAUGAGCUGCUGUUAGACAUAGUACUCCAAUACACCUGUCUGUAUCCAGCUGUUAACCAAUCAUAAACAUGUCUUUAAUAGGCCAAGUACUGCUAUCUACCUUCUCUAAUAAUGUAUGACAGCGUGUAAACCAAUGCAGUAGUGUAGAGCUGUCCCUCUAACCUGUACAGUCUGUAUGAGGAAUGUCUCUAGAACCUUAUCAGUGGUCCUGGUCUUUGUAUUCAUGAUUACAUAUUGCUGUGCCACCAUGCCCAAAGGCUUAGUCAAACCAGACAGGCUGCACCAUCCUACACUCUUAUGGGAACAUACUACUGUACAUUCUCUAUCUGUCUGCCUGACUGAAAUGUUCACAUACAUAGUCCGUCUGUUGUUUUAGCCAAUAACUUGGCAGGACACUGAGGGGUUCAGUCAGCCAACCAAUGACUGAAGAAUGCAGGAUGCUGUCCUUGCUGGAAUGUUGUAGUAUAUGUCAUCAUAAGUUCAUGGGCAGAGUUUCUGUGUUCACUAUAGUUCUCAGUGAGAAUGCCAUUUUAACCUUACAGGACACAGCAAGACUCCUCUUCGUCAUGUUCUUCUUCAUCCUCCUCCACUGCACCAUAUUGGUGACCUGCUGCUGGGCCCACAGACAGAACUACAGUUAUAUAUCUGACUCUGAGCCCCACCCGUACUGGGCUUAAGAGAGAGGAGAUGGACUUCUAACAACAACCUGGGCCUCCAUGUUGCUUUGGGGCGGACUGACUCUGAGGCGUUGUGAGAGACAAUGGACAAUAAGCCCUCUAUGGCGUCCAUGUUGCUUUGGGGCGGACUGACUCUGAGGCGUUGUGAGAGACAAUGGACAAUAAGCCCUCUAUGGCGUCCAUGUUGCUUUGGGGCGGACUGAGUGUGGGGAAAGUAUGCUAAUAUGUGCUUAUGCAGUCAGACAGGAACCUGUAGUUACCUAGAGACUGAGCUGGUCUAGGAACAGGAGAACGUGUUAAUGAACGGAGGCUUGGGAGGGAGGGAUCAGGGUUAUUAUUAUUAAGCCUUAAUAAAUCCACAGUAAUGAUGAUCAACCCAGUUCAUCCCUCUACUAGGCAUGUCAUCAUGUAACGUAUUCCUUCUAUACAGCAGGGGAAACAAACCCAGUCCUCCAGGGCCACUGGAAUGAUGCUCUCACUGUUGUACUCUACAGCAUACAGCUUCUGGUUAGAAAGAUAUAGGGUGAAACUAGGUGAGACAGCUGUUGUACUCUACAGCAUACAGCUUCUGGUUAGAAAGAUAUAGGGUGAAACUAGGUGAGACAGCUGUUGUACUCUACAGCAUACAGCUUCUGGUUAGAAAGAUAUAGGGUGAAACUAGGUGAGACAGCUGUUGUACUCUACAGCAUACAGCUUCUGGUUAGAAAGAUUAUAGGGUGAAACCAGCACAACCAGUCUCUGCUGGACCUGUCUCUCCCUGCAGUAGAGGGUUCAAACCACCUGUAAGUCAGUGCAACACAAUAUCACACUCAAUUUGUGCAAAUACGUACAAAAAGUAUUUCAGCAGAUUUUGUGUAUUUUAAUGUGGCUUAAUUUGUGUGAAAAUACAACAAAAAAAUGCUCUUA